AUGGGCGACAUCUCGGCGGCUCUGGAGCAGCUAGAAGACCUCUGUGUAUCUAUACACAACUGGAUCGCCCAUAUCCAGCCGGCAGCGCUGUAUCGAGCGCCGAUCAUAGACUGGCAUCAUCCCGAUGACUAUACCCAAAAGGGGAUCACGGGGCUGCGCAAGUUCCUAGGGACGGCUGAAGCUGAACGGGAUCAUGUAGCUGGGCUCGCCAAAUCGCCGAUCUCGCCGAAAGAGUUCAGCUCGAACGCCCCGCACCUCCUCGCGGUAUGGCAUGAGUUCGUCCGCUCUGCCUGGCCCCUAGGCGCGAUCAGUCAAUCGCUCGAUGUAGGAGCGAAAGUACCGGUCAAGGUGGACAUCAUAGCUCGCGGAGGAGCCGAGUGGGUGAAAGUCAGUACGAUCAAGGAGACCCGCCUACUCGCCGAGUUUCGGGAACAAGACUCGUACAACAAUUCGGACUAUGACUCGGACACGUCCUCUCCCGGUGCUGGUCCCUCCCGUCUACCCGAUCCGGCGCUCACCAACUCUCUCAUCGUCCAAGGCGAGACCCUCCUUCGCGCCACCGAGGCGUAUCCUCGUCCCUCAGGUCGACCGGCUCCGAGAGUCCGCUUGGUCUUAAACCGUCUCAUUCGUCCCAUCCACGGCUUCUCUGACGGCCGCAUCGACCGCACCAUCACCCACCUCGGAUCUCUCGGUAUCGUCGUCCAGCUCGGCCCUACCUGUGGUCUACCCCUCCCCUCCUCGCCUCGGGCACACCUCCGCCCCUCCAAGAAUAUCGUGCUCGAUCUCUCGGUGCUCGUCGCUCUAUGCUGUGACUCGACGCACUACCCCCUUCCUUCUACUCACAACGAGUUUGAGAGCCGCUUCCGCUCAUUACGGAUCGACGAAGUCACCGGCGAGCCCGUACUGUCAGAGCACAGCCACACGUCCAAGGAUCUCCGAGAUCAGCUGCAAUGGGAAGCGCAGCACCCUCUCAUCCAAGAGCUGAAGGACCGGCUAGGGGCCGUAUCGGACGGUGACGAAGGCAGGGAGCUGGCGUUUUGGAUAACGGAGGAGGUGAGAGGCAGGCUGCCGGCGCUGGUGGACGUCAUCGGCGGACCGGAGGAGCGGAAACGGGGCAAAGCUCUGCUCGAUCCUGAAGAAGGGAACUUCUGGCGCGGGAGCAGGUGGGAAGGAAACGAGGGGGUGUUGAAGGCUCUAAGGGUCCAGAUUCUGCCUGAUGACCCUGCCGCACCGGAGGCUCCGGUAUCGAUAUUCCAGCGGACCCUUGUAUCUACCUGCCAAGCCCUCGUCGUUGCGCUCGAAACCCCUAUCACACCCGACGCUCCCCCCGCGACUCGUACACCUCGUCCGCAGAGACGAUCCCGCCACCCCGCUAGGCCGGCGACGAUGUUUCCGACGAAUCGGUACCCGUCCGGGCAUACGCUGCGGACAUUGAUAGCGGGUGCAGAGAGGGGGUGGACGGUGCUGAGCAAUAAUAGGGGGGCGAUAGGGAAGGUGGGACGGGAGAUGGGGAUCAGCGAGGGGCUGUGUUGGUCUGCGAGCCAGCUUGAAUCGGAAGGGCAACGUCAAGGGGAUGCCGGACGUCAUGAUCAGGCGGGAGAAUCUAGGGAGGAACGCGACGACGACCUGGCGGCGUUAUGGGUCGUCAAUCCCUCCAGUCUGUCAGAGUGGAGGAGGCUCGAAGUGGUAAAUGAUAAUAUGGCAGUACAGUGCGUGCCACGAUGA